AUGAAUUUUAACUCGUGGAACGUGUUUUGGCGCUGGUGUUUUGCAUCAUUAGCGACUUUGAUUGUUUUUGGAAAUAAUUUAACCAUCUGGAUAUUUCUUGAACAGAGACGUCGCAAACGUGCUUCUUUUCUUCUAAUCAGCUUGUCUUUUGCUGAUUUACUGGUUGGAUUGUUUUCAAUCCCUCUUUUGAUAACAGCAUAUGAAACAUCUUCGGUGGCUAUACGCAAGAUAUUCUUUCUUGUUGACGUUUUCACAGCCUUAGCUUCCAUCUACACCCUUGGCGUCAUUUCCCUAGAGAGGAUGUCUGCCGUCGCUUGGCCUCAUCAUCACAGAACUUUGAAACUUCGUGCUUACACCUUUGCCGUUGCCACACCGUGGAUCAUGGCAGCAAUAUUCGCUGUUCUAUUUUUAACACUUGACAAUAUACUGGGUCUUCUUAUUGUUUGUCCUACCGCGCCUCUUUUAGUUAUGUGCAGUGCAUAUCAUGUUAUCUGGAAGAAACAGAGAUCAUCGAUAGGUAACCAAAAUCAUUUCGGCUUAAGAGAAGCGAGAUUAACAAAGACUUUAUUUCUGAUAGUAGGAGCUUCUCUUUUCGCCUGGCUUCCAUUUCAAAUUCUGAAUGUAUUGACAUAUUUAGGCGUGACCGCAAUUUUUCCUCAUUUGCAAUUGACUGUCUUGCUCGUUAGGUUAUUACAAUUUAGCAAUUCUCUUGUAAACGUGGUGAUCUAUCCUUUCCGAAUGCCAGAAUUUAGGAAUACCCUUUGGCGGAUAUUGCGCUGUUACCGUCGAUUCAGCUCUCGGGUCCAUCCGCUGGCUGGGUCUGGGUCAGUUAUAUCCCUUUUACGACUCACAAACUUCAUGUUUUCCUCACAGAACCCCAAUCAGGAUAGCCCAGUUUGAUUCCUUUUUUUAAAUCUCUAGUCUUCGAUUAACAUCGCAACAUGCAUAAACAUAAAAAAUAAAUUACAGCACGUUUGGGGUUCUGUUUGCUUUUCAGCUGAGACUGUCAGAGUAGGAUUGGAGUAAGGCUUAGAUUUAUAGUGUAGGGUUGAUAAAGUUUCCUAUUGUUUAUAAUUAGAAAAGGAAGCACAUCUAAAUUCUUCUUGUUACGCAAAUACUGCAUACAGGAAUUCUAAGUGAUCAAUGUCUUCAGAACUGCCGGGGAAAAUGUUUAUUGAAGAGCAAAGUCUGAUUUGAUAAUAUUCUAAUUUUUAAUGAAUUUUAAACAUACAAUGAAAAUUAAAAAUACCCUUAUCCCAUAAGUAUUCAUCUCCAUGCACUCGAUUUGGAAAAGAACAAAAAAGAUAAGAUUGGGUAUAUAAAAGCUCUUUGAUAAAUUUGAAAACAAAUAUUUGGAUAGACAUAAGCAUUUGGAUAUAUCAAGCAUUUGCGCGAAACCGACAAUCAUUCAAUAAAAAUGAGAGAUAACAUGAUGAUUCAUAUUUGGAAGAAACUACAUAUAAACGUAAUUUUUCAUUCAUUAUCUAGCUUGAGUCGUAGAUUAAGUUAAAAGGGAUGUUACUAAAACCAAGAACGGGGCACUGUUGGAGGGGUAUCGACAUUUCCUUAAACAACGCAUUACUGUAUUUUACUACCAAAUUUGAUUACCCCUCAAUUUCUUUUCUCAUUUAAAUUUAAGGACUCAACAUAAUUUUCAUAACAGAUUCUUAUAAAUACCCUCGAAAUACUUUGAUUAGAAAAUUGUACUUCGGCAGCGCCUAUAUGCUAUAUAACAGAGAAAAACAAAGCGUUCUAAAAUACAACAAACCACAAAUGGCAACCUUGGGUUCUCUAUUCAAUCGUAUUUAGUAAGACUUAGAGUGAAAGUUACCUUUGACUGUGUAUUUACUCUGUUUCCGCCUGUUCAUCCGCCAUGUUGGAUAUUUAUGAGAAUUGUCAUGUCUCAGACUCCCGUUCCCCGUUCCUCGCUCCCUAUUCCUGAUUUCAGUAACAUCCGGUUAAAACCGCACAGGAGUACACAAUCUUUUUUAUUGUGAUCAAGGGAUGCACCAGGAGACUUAAAGUUACAAUUGUAACACAAAUCAUGCAAUUCUGUCGAGUGGUUACCGUCUGUUGUACUUGGAAAAAUUUGAAUACUCUCCAUGUUACUCUACGUUCCCGCGACUUUCAACUCUUCUCAGCAUUAUUUACCUCACCACUUUUCUAUUUCCUAUAAAUGAGAAUUUACAAGAAUAGCCUUUAGGAAUAGUUAAUGGUAAUAUUUCGUAUUAUAUCAUUUCAUAUUCCCGACCAUUGGUAAAUGGCUUGAUUUCCUGUUGCCCGCGACAGAACUUUCCGUGGUCAGUGGAGUAACACUAUCUUGCAGGGAAGCUCCGGCACGAUACGCCUGUGCGCGUUCAGAGAAGAUUAUCAUACACUGAUCCAUCAGUGGUGGACCAGCAUUGAAGAGUUGAUUUUAAAGGUACUAUUAUCAAGGUACUACUGAUUGGAAGUUACAUGUAAUGCAAUUCGCUUUAGAUAACAGCAUUUGUAGCGAAAAUUACUUAUCUGCUUAUGCUCAUUCGGCAGUCAUGACGCGGACAUUAGCGAAAUAUUUUAAGCGACGCUGUUCCUGGGAGAAUCAUACACAGAACCUAAGUUGUUUUACGAUUUUGACAUAUAGAUAUUCAUACUCUUCAGGUUGGAGAAUAUGUAAGGAAAUACUGGAAGACCUCGUAUAAUUUUUGGGUUCGUAACAUUCUAUAGGUAAUGGUAGCUUGACAAGAGAUUAUAAGCUGUUUAGAUCGGUCGUUCCUAUUCCAGUAUUGAUAUGCCGGUUUCUGGCUUUAUUCCUUCUAAAACCAAACCGUGAAUAGAAACUUCAAGGAAGUAACGUACCCUUUUUAAUUUCGAAAGAUAUCGAAGAUCAGUAGCUUGAAAAAAUAAACUGAAUCGAUUGUCAAACAUUGGCGGAUUAUGUAAGGCGCAUUAACAGGUCAAACGUGAGUUCAAUUUAAAUUUCGAAACCUACCUUUUUAUUUACAACAACUUUUGAAACCAGUUUAUUUUAUGGCUAUAAUUUGUGCAAUAGUCCGCGCUUUCCAUCGGUUUACUAGUGCAAUAAACCACACGGGAUGUUGGGAGAACGUGAGAACAGUUUGUAAAUUGAAGGUAACACGAUCGUGGUAACACGAUCGUGGUAACACGAUCGUGAACAAACUUUUAGAACAAACUUUUAGGUUGAACAAACUUUUAGGUUGAAAAGGUCAUAGACAGGCCUACACAGACUCCACUGUGUGGUUUUACGUUUGCGACGCAAAAGCCUUUAAUUAAAGUUUCGCUCUGACGAGUAUGUCUUUGAGCGAUUUACCUCUUUUGUAUGAUAUAAUCGGAGGCGUUUUGUAAAUUGUUUUCAGCAGUGGCUGGUUUUGGAUGAGGUUCCAUUCUUGCAUCAAUGUUUGUUUUACAUUUUUAACCCCUGGGUGGUAUGCUGUCAUAAAAGGCAAUAUUUUGCCUUUAGUUUUUUUGGUUUAUUUUUUAAGUGUCGACUGCCUUGCGGCAAACGAAACCUCAGAUAACGUUUUUUCAAUUAGGCUUUUUGGGUAACCACGUGCUUCAAGUUGUUGAAGUCCUAAAUGUAAUAACUGCCCUAAAUGUAAUAAAGUCCUAAAUGUAAUAACAUUUAGUCCUAAAUGUAAUAAGCCUCUUAUGCAAUAGUUUAUCUCCUGCAGUGCAUUGUUGUUAUGGCGGACAUCCACAUUGAUAUGUUAGUGACCGCUGUUGCUAAAAAAAACCGCUGACCAGUAUACAUGUCACAUUAUGGGCCUGCUGAUAUCAAUCAGCGUCUUUUUACUUGCUAGACAUAAGAAAUAUCAGCAGUCGAAGUAUGGUCCUUAUAGCGGUUUAUUGAUCGAGUUGAAGAAAAUCAUUUCCAGCCCAAAGUGGGCUAGUGCUUGGCUGGAAGCUCAAUAGGAUGGAAUCGAUUGGUACGUAACCAUUAAGAUUUUUUGGAAAAGAAAUUGACUACAAUUGAUGAUGAACUAGCAUGCUAUUGUUGAUGUUAUCGUUCGUGUUAAAGUCUUUAGAAGUGAUACACCAUUUUAGAGCAGUUUGAAUGAUUUCGCUGUGUCACAUGUUAAUCCAAAAGAAAAUUAUUAUUACCAGUAGCGUUAUUGAAAUUUUGCACAUCAAUGUUAUUCAGUGUCAAUUGAUUCUAAUGAAGCAUUUGAGUUCAUUUUUAAGAAUGACUAUCCUGAUUUAUUCAAUUUUGAACCUGGGGUAUUGCAUUUCCAGCCCUCUAUGGCUUUACUCCACCUCAGUAAUCAGUUCAUGUACCAUAUGACUAUAAGUGGAAACUGUUGAGCUUUCUUUUUACAUUCAUCUAUUUAUCUAUUCAUUUUCUCCCCUCACGGCGGGAAGAAGAGGUGAAGACAAAAAAUGAAAUAUAAACUUGAGAUCAACUUUAAGAUGUAUGUUUUCCUAAUAUUUCGGUUCGGGAACUGAUGAACCCGUCAUAAGGGGCUAAAGGAAAAAAAUGAAUGGUUCAUUAGACCGCCAACUGACCAUCAUGUGUUGAAUGGUGUAGCUCAAUGGUUCAAUUUGACUCUUGCGUGGAAAAAGGCAACAUGUCGAGACCUGUGAUCGUGAAAUGGGAUAACAUAUCAUUGGUCAGUCGAUAUCUUGCUCUGCAAGUCACAUUAUCAUAUAGCUAGCAGCGCACGCGGGCAAGAUGAAGUGAAUCCUGUGUUCUGAUUGGCUACCUGAGCGGGCAUGAUGGGCCCACCCUCGCCCGUUCGGGAUCCCCCGUAUUGAUCCCACGCAAGAAAACUUACAAAGUUCGUAACUUUUGGACAAUAUUUUCAUAUAUGCAUAGAAAAAAUAAACGACCCUCUUGGGUUUAUUGUGCUGCAAACACAGUUGGCUUUCACUAUCAGCUCUCGAAAUAAACAGGCCAUUCUUGAUUCUUAUCAAAGCGAAAUCUUUUGCUAUAUAAUGAAUCCUUUAAUGAUUAAGCCAAGAGAAUAUAAACUCUCUUGUAUGGUCAAGAUUACUGGAUAUUAGCCUCGUUCUUUUUCUACUUUUCUACUACCGUGACUUCGUCUCAGUCCAUAAAAACGCAAAAGAAAAAAGAACUCGGCCAAUAUAUAGCCAUUUUGAGCUCACGUUCGGUCAAUAACGCAUAUGAAUAUAUCUUAUGCAAACCCGUACAAAUCUGGCAAGGGAAGACAGUACAAAAAAUGCCCUACUGAGCCCAGAAUUUGUCUAACGUAUAAGUCGGUGAACUUCUUUUUCCUUGUAAUUUGGUUCAUCAAGUGUUAACUUCAGCACUGAGGACAGAAGUAUUUCGUCAAAAUCUGUUACAGUUAAGAGUCUGAGCCAAUGAUAUAGAGAGAGCUAUUAGUCAACGUUCUCGUUGCUUUUGCGUCCGUCAAUUUGAUGCCAAAAGCACAUCAGUAUUAGAAUAAGGUUUUGUAGCCAAUGCUUCUCAACCUACGUCUUUAACAAAUAAAAAGCCGCUGAUUAAUAUCAGUGAGCCCGCAAUAUUCCAUAAAUAUUGGUCAGAGGAUUCUUUGGUGCAACAGCUGUCACUUUAACAUCUCAAUGUUAGUGCAGUUAAACGAUUGCAUAGGAGGCUUAUUACAUUUAGGACCGAACGUUAUUACAUUUAGGGCUUUAUUACAUUUAGGACCAAAUGUUAUUACAUUUAGGACCAAAUGUUAUUACAUUUAGGACUUUAUUACAUUUAGGAAAGUUAUUACAUUUAGGACUUCAACACAAGUCGUGUUUUGAAGUUACACAUGGCCUCCUGGAAAUUUCUUUCCGAGGAGUUUGUUCUUAGAAGUCUGAUAGCUUCUCCUUUAAUAAAGCCUUUCUUAACACCUGGCGGGUGGCAAGAUGAAUAGUGUGUAUAUUGAAAGGUCUCGGUCGGUUUGUUGUGAGUUUUGACGUCGAGGAUAGCUUCGUUUUGGAAUCUUUCACCUUUGUAGACAACCGUGUCUAAGAAUGUGAUUUCAGUCUCUGAGAUUUCAGCCGUGAACUUUAUAGUUGGAUGGAACGUGUUAGCUUGUUCUAUGAAUAGAUCAAUGUCUUGUUUACGAACAUCCCACAGGGAGAAAACGUCGUCAAUGUAACGCUUCCAUACUCUCGGCUUGAUACUGCUUUGGUGAAGCAGUUUUGUUUCAAUUUCUGCCAUAAAGAGAUUGGCGAAAGCAACCGCCAUUCGUGUUCCCAUGGCAGUUCCAAAACAUUGGAGAUGAAUGAACUGGAACGAAUUUUCUUUCAGUAUAAGCCCGAGCAUUUGUUUUAAGUAGUGGGACGGAAUGGGAGGGCUGUUAUUGUGGUAUUUCGUAUGCUUGGCAUACUAUUGUGAUACCCUCUUCUUGUGGGAUGUUUGUGUACAAGCUUGUUACAUCCAUUGAUACUAAAAUAGUAUCAUUUGACACUUGCGUUUUCUCUAUAAAGUUGAUGAAAUCAGUCGUAUCUUUGAGAUACGAUUUUUGCUUUUGAGCAAUAGGCUGUAAUAAAUGAUCCACAAAGGAUGAUAUUCUUUCAGCUAGUCCUUCGCAGCCCGAUAUAAUCGGUCUACCCACUGGCAAAGAUUUGUGGAUUUUUGUUAAAGUGUAGAAAAUCGGUAUUCUGGGCGGAUUGGGAGUCUGUGAAAGCCACUUUUUUGUCAUAUCGUCUAUAUUUUUGCCAUUGUGCAGUUGAACAAUAAGCUCAUUAACUUUUUUCAAUGUGUCAGUGACCAUGGGGUUUUCAAGAGGUCGGUAGUGGUCUCUGUUGUCGAGCUGAAACUGGGCCUCUUGAAUUUUGACCCUCUUGUUGAGAAUCACUGUUGUGGUGCCUUUGUCAGCACGUUUAAGGUUGAUGGCAGUAUUGUUUUGCAGUUCUUUGACUGCUUUGUGUUCGUUGUAUGACAGGUUGUGUUUUGGCUUUGUUAUUUCUAUUUCAGCAAGGCUUAACUUGAUAUUUUCGAAGUAGCGUUCAAGGGCAAUAGAAGGUUGUACUGGUGGUAUCCAGUUUGAUUUGAUGUGGAAAGGAUGUGGUUCCUUGUCAUUCCCGUGGAAUAUGUAUCUAAGUCUCAUUCGCCUAGCGAAUUGUUCGAAGUCACGCAACAAUUGUUGCCUGAUCUUAUUUUCAUUUGUCACGGGUGUUUCAAUAAAUUUAAGCCCUUUUGCUAACACGCUGACUUGGUGAUUAGUUAAUGUAUUGUCUGAAAGGUUUUUAAGAUAUUUUUCAUUUUUCUCCCUUUCUGUAGUCACUCGCUUGUGUAGUGUAUUUUUUCUACGCUUUUUGCGUUUAUUAUUCUUGGAUAGCCUUUUUGCUGCAGUGGGUUUGGCGACUGAUUUUUCAGAGAUGACACUGUUGUAUUUUUCAACAUGUUUAUUAUCACUCUGAAAGCGUGUACAUAUAAGAUCCUUCAGCUCUGAAAGCUGAUUUUCUAUUUUGUCUAUCCUGUCGACAUCAGUAUUUACAGUGUUCCUCAAGGGCGAACGUGAUCUUUCACGUGUAUUUACAUUGUAUUGUGAUCGAGACUUGGCAAUAUUAGCCUUUUCAAGUUUGUUCUUGUGACUAACAAGUCUACGCUGAUGGAAGCGCACUAGGGCGCUAACGUAUUGUUCUUCGGCGUGACUUUUAAUAGCGCUUAUUUCCUGUAGAAAGGUUUCGUCAGGCGUGACGUUUGCCUUCGCCUUGUAUUGAAGCGACUUAGGGCAAGUCUUUUGUUGUAAGUGUCUCUCCAGUUUUUAAAAUGGAGGUUUCAGUUUUUUGCUUCUUGAACUGGAUAGCACUGAUGGUGUCUUCAUGUUUCCUCUUCCUUGGCUGUCGCGUGGAUCGGCUAUUCCUCGGAAGGUUUUCUUUUUGACGGCUUUCUUUUUUAAGGCGUAGACCUUCGUUGCUGCGUUGUUUGGCUAAUUCAGCUUUAUGCCUUGGCUCGAGUUGUGAUGCUGGAGGGCUAUCCUCUGGGUCCGAUUCUAGGUUCGGAUCAGUGUACGUUAAUUCCAUCUCCUCGUCCAGAUUUGGAGAUUUAAGAGUUUGUUGGAGCUUUUUUCAAUGAAGUCUAUCAUGAGUGUUGAGCAAAGCGCCUUCACUAAGUAAUGAAAACUAAAACUAACCUUAUAAAUGUCUCUUGAUUCGUGUACUUGUGUCUAUGCGGUAUAUAUAUAUAUAUGAAACAAGAGAUUAUAAACUGUAGAUAAUCUCUUGUAUGAAAGUGAUCCACAGUAACUUCGCAAUUUCAACUUUCGCUUACAUAAUCUUAAGCGUAUUUCUUUCUUUCUUUCGUGAUAAAGGAUCACACAAUAGAAGAAAAGGUUUCUGAAUUUUCCUUAGACUACGAGCAGUUUCCCCUUCUAGGCGAAGUCCGUCGUGCAAGUCAAAAAAAAAUUAAAAAAAUUAAAAAAAAAAUUGAUUUCAGCGUGCCGCGGGGAGCUCUGGGAGCGACUUCUUUUUUACUUGCGCGACGGGCUUCGUAGAAAGGAGGGACUAUUCAUGGCAAAAAGUUUCUUGUCAUCAUUUGACCAUAUCCGACACAACAAAAGAAUAAAAUUCGAACAUCGAGGUAGCCCAAAGGUCACCCUCUUUUCUUCUGAUUUGAAAUUAAACUCGCUUUGCAAACUCGUUCUCUUUUGAAAUCCAAGUGAAUGAUUCGUACUCCACAAACAAACAAACAAACAAUCAAGCAAAAAAAGAAAAAAAAACAAGGACAACAACAAUAACAACAAAAAAAAAACACCAAAGCAAGACUGAAUAAAACGUGGUUUAUUGGUUUCUUUAGAAACAGAAAUGAUGUCAUCACGACAAGAAAACGAAAAAUUACUUUGUUACUUGUCACAUGGAAAAAGAUGGUUAAAUCAUUUGGUAUAUUUUUGUAAUUUUUUUUAUUUUUCUACAAAAAGGGUAAUCGUGUUGCAUCGUGGGAGGAAAAAACAGUUUGCUAUGGAUUUGAACUCGUGGAACACGUUCUGGCUCCUGUGUUUUGGAUUGUUGGCGAUACUGAUCGUCGUUGGAAAUACGCUAACCAUCUGGAUAUUUCUGAAGCAGAAACAACGCAAACGAACUUCUUUUCUUCUAAUCAGCCUGUCUGUUGCUGAUUUACUUGUGGGAUUGUUGACCAUCCCUCUUUUAAUAGCAGGAUAUGAAGCAUCUUCGGUAACUGAGCGCAUGGUAUUCCGCCGUGUUGACGUUUUCACAGCGUUAGCUUCCAUCUACACCCUUGGCGUCAUUUCCCUGGAGAGGAUGUUUGCCGUCGCUUGGCCUUAUCGUCAUAGAACUUUGAAACUUCGUGCUUACAUCUGUGCCAUUGCCACACCGUGGAUCAUGGCAACCAUAAUCACUGUUUUAGUUUUCACUCUUAUCAACGUAUGGGGCUUUCUUAUUUUUUGUCCUGCCGCGCCUCUUAUAGUUAUGUGUCUCGCAUAUUAUGUUAUCUGGAAGAAACAAAGAUCAUCGAUGGGUAACCAGAAUCAGUCAAGAGAGGCUAGGUUAGCAAAGACUUUAUUUUUGAUAACGGGAGCUUCUAUUUUGACUUGGCUUCCAUUUCAAAUUCUUAAUAUAGUGCUACACUUUGGCGUUACAGAAAAUUUUUUGUACUCGACAUUGACAAUCCUACUCGUUAGGGUCUUACAAUUUAGCAAUUCUCUCGUGAACGUGAUAAUUUAUCCGUUUAGAAUCCCAGGAUUUAGGAAAACUCUUUGGCGGAUGCUCCGCUGUCAUCAAAGGUUCAACGAUCGGGCCCUAACGCCAGCCGGGUCAAGGUCUGUUGUGUUACCAGCGAACUCUAAUCAGGAAAUUGCACUGUAAAUCAAUCAGUGUCUUUAAUUUUAGAUAAACUUAUCCUCUCUAAGUAUGGGAGUGGGAUUUAUGUAAGGCUUAGUGCUGGGAUAGGUUAGAAAUUGAGAAGAGGCACAUAGUCUCUUUUCGUAGAGUCAAGCAUCUCAUCAGGGGCUUUAACAUGUUAAAAUGUGUCUGAAGAGAGAAACGUCAGACCUUGUCUGGGAACUUCCCUUUCGCUUCUAUUCUUCUACAAAGUCUUAGUUUGAGCUCGUCAAUCGCGCAAAAAUUAUGGUGUUAUGAGUAAUUGUUGUAAAUAUAAGCUUCUAGAAAUCUCCAGACUGAUUGGUCAUGCUGACUUGCAUACGAUAGAACUUUCCAAAAUAUUUCAUCAAGUCACGCAGUUAUUAAGUAAUACUACUAAAGUAGCUCUUUUGUACGCCCUGGAAGGUUCCAGAACACUUUGUGAAAAUAUAUAGACUCACAUAUGUAGUAGUAGGAGUAGUUGUUGUUGUCGCAGCGACGACUGUUUUAAAAGCUAUACCGAGAGAGAGUUACCGCGGAAGAUUGCUCUGGGAUAUAGAUUGUGGUGGGCUUUAUGAAGUUUAUCAACGAUAAGUAUUGUACUGCUUUUGGGAGUCGCUCCUUGUUAAGAACAUUACUCGCUGUGUAAUAAAGUAGUUGAGUUUGUGGGAUUGUUGUCUUUUUUUUGGCGGUCAGAUUAUACCGUGACAAUAGGUUUACUCCGCAAUCAAGUUCUUCGGGGAAGGCCUUAGUGCAGGCAAAUUUUUGGCAAACGAGUGCUUAGUAUUACUUAAUGAAAGAGACCCUUAAAAUAACGGGAAAAUUCUUGUUGCAACCUGUUUCAACGCUUUGUAGGAGAUUCUUUCGAAAUGGCCCGGCGAACUCUGCAUGAAAACGAGACAACUGCAUGAAACACCACAAAAACGUCGAAGAUCUAAUUCUGCGUUAUCAUUUAUAUCAUAAGCACAUGUUUAGUGUAAGUGUUACUAGAAUAGUAGCGUAAUGUUGGUCGAAUAAAAUGACUUUUAACCUUCCUACCAUGUCCAAAAUGCUUUGUGAUACUAGGUACAAUAUGACGGCUGGUCGUUAAUUCUCGGAGGAUGGUGGAUAUCGAUGCCUGAACGUAACGACAGCGCAAAAAACUUUUAUAGUGUCUUGGUUCUUCGGUUCAAAUAAGCUGAUCAUGCAUUGUUAUAGAUGUCUGCUAUAUACACGCGAUAUACAGGCAAUUUUACGAAUGAACUCAUUUUAUGCAUCUGCACGAUUACCAUAUUUAUCGACUUCCUGAAUUUGAUGUCAGCAACGUUACCUCUAGAUUUGACAUGAUGGUUUUUGUUAGGUUUUUGCUAUCACCAUAAAAGCACUCUUAAACUUAAAACUAUAAAGAAACACUGUCGAUAAUUCAGCCGAGAAUUAACAAAGUUUCUUUUUGAACUUCAUUGCCGAAAAAGAGAGCUUGAAAUCAAAAGUGGUGGAAUUGAGUCUCCGCAACACGAUGCUGCAGGCAAAAAUAAUUACCUUAGACAAAUUUGUGGUGUAUUAAAAGGACUUUAUUUUCUGUACAGGAUUUCCUAACCGAGCAGUGUUCGAUAGUAUCUAUGAAUGUUUAAACCGUGGAAGUGAAGGAGAUAACGUUAUCUACUAGCAUUCACAAUCAGAUGAUUUAACGGAAAAUAAGAGAGCUGGUAAAGAUUCCCCUAACUUCCCAUGGUAGCUAACAUCAAAGUAGGAGUUUUGAAAAACUCACUGUAGGCUGAGGCAAGAGUUCAGGGAAGAGCAUUGAAGCAAUUUAUUAAAUAAAGGCAGACUUCUCUAAGCUGAAAAAAAAAAGCUAAAAAAAAAAAAAAAGGCUCAAAGAAGCGUGCAGUUUGUUCACACUAAGGAAUAUUUUGAUCCAGUCUUUUGGUGAAUUGUACGUACCGCGUACAGAUUUACCUAACGCCUUUGCUGACAAUCCUUUGCACGAAUCGCACCGACAUUGUAGCCAUAACUGACAUAAGUUCAGCAUUCUUUAACCGAGACGAAAGAUCUCUCCCAUUUGAACAACUUUAAGGAAUAUCUUCAUCGGUUCGAAAUGAAGGACCGCUUGCAAUGUUUUUUUCUCGAAGACGCCAUCUGCGGCCCUCGAUGCCUCGUUUCCAUGCUAUUCGAACCAGAUUACCUCGGUUAGCUACUAUUCUAGAAUAAGGCUAACAAUGAUAAAAACAAUUAUCUUCCCCAAGCAUUCAUAUUCGUAUUCAAAACAAAAGUUACAUCCCAAACGAGGAGAGGUGGCGUGAGCGUGCAUCUGUACUCUCAUAAAGCACGCUACAGUAAGCCAAUCAGAAUCUUUCUUAGAGUGGUUCAAAUAAUUUAAUCGGUUGAACGAGACUGAAGCUGUCAAAUUGUCAUGCCAUUAAAGUACACAAAUUGAAAUAGAAUGCCGAAUGUCGAAUGCCGAAUGCAAACACCUUGUACAAUUCUGAGCGUUAUCUCUGGGAAGUUAUUAAGAACCUGAACACUCGUAUAGGAAAGUUACUUGAGAUAAAGUGGGCUUUGACAAUACUUUAUUCAUCGAUUCGAUUUAACUUUAAAUUAUUCUGGCAAUUGAUGACGUACACCAUUACUUUCAGUGUUUCUAUAGCUUCAGCUUAGAUUCAGGGAGGAGUGACAAAAAGAGAGCUUUAGAUAUAGGAUGCCAUAUUGUGACAAUUCUGUCUAAAAUUUUAGCCUUGAAGGAUAUCAGUUAUAACACUUCUUUGUAGAACUCAUUUGAAACGUUUUGCUUGUUAUUGAUCUUUGCUAAGACAUCGUCACAGCGAAGUAAAUUUUCAUUCUACGCUUACAUGCACUGAUGAAGGAGAUUAAAACGCAGUCUCUCUUAGAGCGGUCUUGUGCAUUUCGGCUUAAAAAAAUCGAUGUCUUCUAAACCUCACCCACGAAUCCGUCCUUGUCUAAAUAUAGUCUAAACCACCUUGAUUUUUCGAAAUAUUGCAAAGUAAUUUUCUUCCGAGCGAAAAUCGCUUAAGCACUCAAAGGCCCAUUUUCAACGGCGCCGACAUUAAGUAGGUGUCUCAUAAAUUAAUUAGACUACGACCGAUUCAUGGGUAAAGUUUGAAAGAGAUCGAUCUUUUGAUCCGAAAUGCACCGGACCGCUUGUAGAGAGACUGUCUCUAAAUUUCUUGGCUAAGGUUACUAUCGACAAAGCAGGGUGCCUUACCGCAAAAUCGUCUUACGCGUGUUACUUUAAAAUAAUUAAAGUAUGGAAAAUAAUAACCAUAAAGUAAAGAUUCUGGCAUUGAGGAAAAAAAGGUUUUAAAAAGUGUUUCAAUAAGUUGGCACGUGCAUGCCCUUAAACACAAAACUUCAGGUGUCCGCUUAAUUGAAUUGUCAGCCUCCGCGUUAUCGCGGACGUCCAAACUGUAUAUCUUUUGGAGGAUAAUAGGCGAACAAAAGUGAGCGGCGUUUUUUUUUAUUCCUUUGGUUCCUAAGAAAAUCUGUUUUGAAGUUGGACAAAAGAAAAUAUAUCGAUUGUCCUUCUUGUUCUUUGAGAAUUAUAAGCAGAAGAAAAAGUAGGCAAAGAAAGCUAAGGAAGAAGAAAAACGGUAGUGUGAACGAGCUUUGUCUUUGUGUACCUAAGGCGACGUUUAUCUUUAUUUCACCCUUUCCAUGAAGGCUUGUAGUUCUCAACUGAAACUGUGUGGAGCCGUAUUCUUGGACCUAUCUAAGGCCUUCGAUACGGUCGACCACACAAUCAUGCUACGAAAGUUGUCAUCUUUUGGGGUGACUUCUGACACGGCUAAAUGGUUUGAGUCAUAUCUUAAUGGACGAAUGCAAUGUACAUCUUGCGGUUCGGAAUUGUCUGAUUUGUUAUCUGUUACGCACGGCGUGCCUCAGGGCAGCAUUUUGGGCCCUUUGUUAUUUCUUAUUUAUAUAAAUGAUUUGCCCACUUUCAUCAUGCAUUCGGAGGUAGCCCUAUAUGCUGAUGACGCAGUGUUUUAUUGCUAUGACUCAAAACCCAGCUGGUCUGGAGUGCGCCCUAAAUGCCGAAUUGUUGUUGUUAUUUUGGAUUAGGACCUCUCUGUAGAUCACCUACGGGUGAGAGAGCUUCUUGUUUAAAUAUCAAAUAUCAACAAAUCAAAAACUGAAAUAAAAGAAACGCACCAGUACCGAAAGCGUUCAAAUAUGAAAAUACAAAGAUAAGAUUUACUUAAGCAACGUAGACUUGAAGGAAGUCUAAUAAUGUAUUGCUCAACAUCAUCCGCAGCAGGCCGAAACGACUAAUUAGUAAAAGAAAAAUGUGUAAUACAUUAGCGCCGAUAUCUGAUAUGCAGAUCCAAGUAAAGUGGAAAAACAAAGUAUUGGAACUUUUCUGCUGACCAGUUCUGAACUAUGAUUGUAAUGAUGAUAUGUAAACGUGAUAACAAGAAUGAUAAAUAUAAUAAUAAUAUCGACAACUAUAAUAAUAAUCAUGAUUAUAAUAAUAAAGAUAGUAAGGAUAAUAAGACAAGCAAUGAAAUUGGAAACAAAAAAGACAAAGAAACAUGUUUGAUGUGUGAGCUCUUUACAAUAUUUCCAACACUAGUAAUUAAUCAUGCAUUCCAUCCGAAUAUAUUGUUAGCAUCCUUUGUUUAUCUUCAGAGGCAUGGAUUUUUUUGUAUCUGAAGGAGAUUUAGAAAACAUCCAAUGAUUACAGAAAUAAAGAAAAUACGUGAAAAAUACUGAAAAGGAAACAAAUCAAAAUGGUAUAGACAGCGGUUUAUAAAGACCUCAUGUGAUCGAUCUGGAAACACAUGCAAAACUGCAAUCUGUCUUUCCCUUCCGUAAUAUGGAAAUUUUAUGACAGGCGUCGCUAGGGCGAAGCAAUGCAUAUUUCUAUUCCCUGAAACUCUAAAGACGUAAAACGUGAUAAAUAAAUGCUGUUGACGCAAUGUGAUUUUAACGCUUCACUCCAACUGUAUAUGUUCAUUUAACCUUUUUUAUCAAGCCGAAAUACACUGGAUAAAAUGAUAUUGCAAUUCUGAUUCAAUGAUAGAGGCACUCCGACCCUUUUCCUAAUUUACAGUCCGUUGGGUCGUGUAGAUGUCGAUCAAGUCGCGUAAAUAAAGUAGAAGGCAAAAACUGAAUGAAGAUAUAUGACGAUAUAUGACAAGAGAACAUCAACUGUUGAUAUUCUCUUGGACGAUAUAACUAAAAAUAUAACAAGUAAAUAAAUGGAUUAACGAAUAGAAAGAAUUUGUUAUACCACAAACGCUUGGAGCGAGUAACGGACUUUUCUAUUUUCCCUUUCUAUUUUGUUAACUUUUUUAGAAAUUUAUUCGGUUUUCCUUCUCUAUUUCUCUGGUUCUUUAUUAAAUUUUUUUAUUCGUUAUUUUGCUAGACAAGAUGUCAGACCUGAAGCUACCAAAUCGAAGCUUAGCUGCUGUUAUAACUGAGGCAGGCAUCUGCCUUACACUGAACAUCACAAGCAUCAUUGGAAACAGUCUGGUUUGUAUAGCAGCAUACAGAAACCCAAAGUUACGAUCGACCACCAACCUGUACAUCAUUGCUUUAGCAGUCAGCGAUUUGCUGUGCGCAACAAUUGAAAUGCCUUUAGCUUCUUCAACGCUUGUUAUUGGAAGAUGGGACUUUGGCGACGUCGUAUGCGAAAUUCAAGGCUUUGUUGAUGUUUUCACCACAUACGCGACCCCAGCAACCCUUGGUUUGACAGCAAUCAACCGCUAUGUGAAAAUUGUGAAGACGGCGAAACAUAAGAAAUAUUUUUCGCCCCUCAGAUCCAAAAUUUGGUUGUUUUGCGUUUGGACUUUUCUUGUGCUUUACCUUUUGACUAGUCGAGCGACAAAUUUUCUCAGUUUUGAAUUCGUACCUGGCUUUGACGUGUGCACCCUUGGUUUCGCAAAUCAGAGGGUUCGAGUCGUUCAUUUUUGCAUAACAAUUGGAUUGUUUUUCGUUGUACCGCUAUGCAGUGGUAUAUUCAGCUACUACAAGGUAUUAUCCACUACCCAUCAACAUCAAGUGAACACAGCUCCAUCGCUCGGUGACAGGACUAAUUGUGGAAGAAGAAGUUCAUUGAAGGAGAUACACGCUACUCGAGUCUUGUUGUACGUGGCCGCUGGAUUUUUGUGUUGCUGGAUACCAAUGUGGGCAUUUAUCCUUUGGAAGCGUUUCUCUCCAGAAACCUGUCCUAGAAGAGCAGCAAUUCUCGUCCCGUUUUUCCUUUUUCUGAGCGCUACAAUAAAUCCUUUUAUUCACGCUUUCACAAAUUGUGGGUUCCAAACCGAAUUUCGCAAACUUCUGUGCUGUGGUCACACAUCAAACGAAGUUGUCGCGGCUAAUGUCAACGAAGCGAUCGGAGAGGUGGAGGACGAAGCGAAUGUGUAAUACUUAAACAGACGGCAAGACCAUUGAUUUUUCAUUUGUAUUGUAAAUAAGCUUCAGUUUGAGUUCAAUUCUUUUUUUCCCUUUUUCCUAAGGAUAACCACCUUUUCGCCAUAGUUUUAUCGUAAAUCGAUUAAGAUAAUGUUGACUCGGGGGAAGUGAAAGUUUUCGUUCAAAUUACCACGAAACAUGUUAUAAAAUGUACCGAAAAACUCUUCUCCUUGCGUGAAACCUAUUGUUUAAUCGUCUAAUGGUCUCGACAUAAUCGAAAAUUAGCCAUAAAUGGCUAGGAAAUAACUCAUUGAAGUCUUUUCAGUUAUUUUCAUGAAUGUACAAUCUGUUUUCAUACUUGUUAGCGUAUUAAUAAAACAAAUUACGACAUCUGAAAAUAUAUCUCCUCAAAGCAGAGAAGUCGCGGUUAAUGGAGAUGGAAAUUGUUUUUACCGAGCUAUUCUCUGUCAUCCAAAUAUUGAUGUUAAGGAUACACGUUGGAAGGACAUAUUUAAAAUGAUGACAUAUCAUGACGCUCAGGGAAUAAUCGAAAUACCUCUAACUUCUUGAACAUUAACGCUGAUCGUUGGAAAACUUUAGUUUUCGACGCGCGUGUGCCUAAAUGAUAAAGGAAAAAAUAAAAAGCAAUAUAGUGCCCUAAUGUGUGGGAUGACAGCGAUCCUUGAGAGGUAAAAUAAAAAUACAAAUAUAGCGAGAUAAUGUGACGCUUACAGCUGACAUGUUCGAUCAAGGCAAUAAAUUUUAAAUUUAGAAAGACUCAUUGUAACUAGCUUUCCUCGUCAUCUGUCACUUUCCAGAACGAGCCGUCAGAAGUUACUUUGAACUGAUAAUUAGUCAGAACAAUUUUCCUUUUGACCGGCUGUUCAAAGGUAAUAAAUAGUUGGCUUCGUGAUGCAAACGCCUUGCUAGACUAUAAGCGAUAUCGCCGUAGCUUUUAAGCGAAACUGAGGAUCUAUUUAGGAAAGUUCUUGAAAGUGAGGUACGUUGAGACAAUUAUUUAUUUACCAAGCUCCUUCGUUGGUAUUACAACAAACAAAAACAUCAGCUUUAGAAACUUUUUACGGUGGCCAAUAUACGUUACCAAUUCAAAAUUUUAGUUUUCGAUACGUUUGUAUGAGCAAAAGGAAACUUGAAAGUAUAUGCCCUUAGGUAGGAUAAUAACUAUGCUGAUUGAAGCAAUCGAUUCCAAGUCUCGUGUAAAGUGCAAAAAUGACAAAUGCUACGUUCCUAAAUAUAAGCUAUGUCUACACUGAUAUGCAAAAUCAAACGAUUGCUAUGUCACUGUUAUUCAUUGAAGCUUACGCCACCUUAGCCGAAUGCUGUUCUCUUGCUCGUUUCUCUUUUGUUUGAUAUACCUUUGAAAGUACGCAUUUUGGGUCAAAGAAAAUUUCAAUUACGUUGAAAAAAAAAUGUGCAGGUAAGACUUACGUAUCUUACGAACAACAAAAUCACCAUGCGUAGACACCCUGCCUUUGCGUCACAAAAAUUAUCUAAAUAAUUCUUAUAAAGACCUUCGAAAAAUUUUGACUCGAAAAUUGUAUUUUAGCAGCGCCUAAAUACUAUAUAACAGAGAAAACAAAGCGAUCUAAAAUACAACAGACCACAAAGAGCAACCUUGGGUUUUUCUAUUCAAUCGUAUUUAAUACGACUUAAAGUGAAACUUGCCUUUGACAGCAUAUUUACUCCGCCUAUUCAUCCGUCAUAUUGGAUAUUUACGAGAAUUACUCUAAACUCCCGUUCCCCGUUCUCUGUUCCUCGUUCCUCAUCUUCCAUUUCCUGUUCUUGGUUUUAAAAAAAAACAUCCAGUUAAAAGCGCACGUUAAGAGUACAAAGUAUUUUUUAUUUUCUUAUUAUUAUUAUUUUUAUCGGGAUCAAGGGAUACACCAGGAGACUACGAGUUACAAUCGUAACCAAAAUUAUGCAAUUCCGUCGAGCGGUUACCGUUUGUAGUGCAUGGAAAAAUUUGAAAAGUUCUCUCCCUGUUACUCUACAUUCCAGCGUCUUUCAACUUCUUCCUGUUUUAUAAUUUAUCGUAUUACUUUGCUUUUUCCAAUAAAUGAAGAUUUACUUGAAUAGCCUUUAGGAAAAGUUUAUGGUAAUUUUUCUUUUUAUAUUAUUUCGUAUUCCCGACCACUGGUAAAUGGCUUGAUUUCCGGUUGCCCGCGACAGAACUUUUCGUGGUCAGUGGAGUAACACUGUAGGGAAGCUCUGACACGACACACUUGUGUGCGUUCAGGGAAGAUUAUCAUACACUGAUCCAUUAGUGUAGGACCAGCAUUGAAGAGCUGAUUUAAAGGUACUAUUAUCAAGUUGCUACUGAUUGGAAGUUACAUGCAAUACAAUCCCUUUUAGAUAACAGCAGGGAAAAUUACUUAUCUGCUUAUGCUCAAUCGGCUGUCACGCCAAGAGGCGGAAGUUAGCGAAAUAUUUUAACUUAUGCACGGGACCUAAGUUGUUUUACGAUUUUGACAUGUAGAUAUUCAUAAUCUUCAGGUUUGACAAUAUGUAGGGAAAUACUGGAAGAGUUCGUUUGAUUUUUGGGUACGUAACGUUCUUCAGUGAUGGUUGCUUGACGAGAGAUCAUAAGUUGUCUAGAUCGGUCGUUCCUAUUCCAGUAUUGAUAUGCCGGUUUACUUUAUUCCCUCUAAAACCAAACUGACAAUAAGAACUUCAAGGAAGAGACGUCUCUUUUUUAAUGUCGAAAGAAGUCGAAAAAACAGUAGCUUGACAAAAAAACUGAAUCGAUCGUCAAACAUUCGCUGGUUGUGUAAGGUACAUUAACGGUUUAAAAUGAACCUUCAAACUUUAAUCUGUGCAAUAGUCCGCGGUUUUUAUCGGUUUACCAGUGUAAUAACCCACUCGGGAUGUUGGAAGAAAGAAAAAGAAAACUUUGUAAAUUGCUAGCCAGAAGCGGAUGAUGGAUCAGUUUGAUAUCAGAUACUUUAGCUAACAGUUUCCUUGAGCUCUUUUCAAUGAUUUAAAGCGUGUUCACUUAGUAAUGAAAACUAAAAGUUACCUUAUAAAUGUCUCUUGAUUCGUGUGCUUGUGUUUAUAUGGUAUAUAUAUAUAUAUAUAUAUAUAUAUAUAUAUAUAUACACAUACAUUACAUACGAUCAUCGGACAGAUUUCAUCGGAUAUAUUUAUAUAUAUAUAUAUAUAUGUGUAUAUAUACGUAAAAUGCUGUUGGAGAGUGCUCAACACAAGGUAGACUAAAUCAGUUCUAAAUGACUAAAAAACAUUUGAUUCCCUUAACCAUCUUUGACCAUUUAAUUUCGUCAGAUUCAAUUCCGACACACUCGUCAAACAAUAAAAUUCAAAUAUUGAGGCAGCCCCAGAGGUCACCCUCUUUUCUUCUGAUUUGAAAUCAAACUGAACAAAACAUGGUUUAUUGAUAUCUUAAGAAACCUAUGACGAUAUCAUUUCAACAAGGAAAUGAAAUAUUGCUGUUUUACUUGUCUCGUAGAAAAAUUUAUCGUUAAAUCAUUUGGUAUAUUCUUAUUUUGCUACAAAAAGGGUAUUCUUGUUGCAUCGUGGGAGGAAAAAAACAGUUUGCUGAAAUGGAUUUGAGCUCAUGGAACAUGUUCUGGCUCCUGUGUUUUGGAUUGUUGGCGAUACUGAUCGUCUUUGGAAAUACUCUAACCAUCUGGAUAUUCCUGAAGCAGAAACAACGCAAACGAACUUCUUUUCUUCUAAUCAGCUUGUCUGUUGCUGAUUUACUUGUGGGAUUGUUGACCAUCCCUCUUUUUACAGCAGUAUAUGAAGCAUCUUCGGUAACUGUAAGCAUGGUAUUCCGCCGUGUUGACGUUUUCACAGCGUUAGCUUCCAUCUACACUCUUGGCGUCAUUUCCGUGGAGAGAAUGUUUGCCGUCGCUUGGCCCUAUCGUCACAGAACUUUGAAACUGCGUGCUUACAUCUGUGCUAUUGCCACACCGUGGAUCAUGGCAACAAUAAUCACUGUUUUACUUUUUACUCUUAACAGUGUAAGGGGCCUUCUUAUAUUUUGUCCUGCCGCGCCUCUUAUAGUUAUGUGUCUUGCAUAUUAUGCUAUUUGGAAGAAACAGAGAUCACCGAUGGGUAACCAGAAUCAGUCAAGAGAGGCGAGGUUAGCAAAGACUUUAUUUUUGAUAACAGGAGCUUCUAUUUUGACUUGGCUUCCAUUUCAAAUUCUUAAUAUAGUGUUAUACUUUGGCGUUAUAGGAAAUUUUUCGUACUCGACAUUUACAUUCCUAUUCGUUAGGGUCUUACAAUUUAGCAAUUCUCUCGUGAACGUGAUAAUUUAUCCGUUUAGAAUCCCAGGAUUUAGGCAAACUCUUUGGCGGAUACUCCGCUGU